CAGGAAACGAAGAUGAUUUAAAUGGGAGUACCAGCUACAUCCUUUUCUUCCACUUGAAAAAACCAACUAUACCAUCAUGGAUUCAAAAAAUGUGCAUAGUCCCGUUUUCCUGGUGUUUCCUCCAGAGAUCAUCACUCCAGAGUACCGAGCAGCAGAAUUUACAGCCACAGCUUACGAUUCCCAAAACCAAGUGCAGAAAAUCCUUAUCAGAAAAUUGAAGAUCUUAGGGACCACCCAGAUCCUGUUUGGAAUCAUGAACUUCUCAUUUGGAGUUGUUUUCCUUUUCACCUUGGUAAACCCAUACCCAAGGUUCCCUUUUAUAUUUCUCUCAGGAUAUCCUUUCUGGGGCUCUGCUUUGUUCAUUAACUCUGGGGCCUUUCUGAUUGCUCUGAAAAGAAAAACUACAGACACUCUGAUAAAAAUGAGCCAGGCGAUGAAUUUACUUAGUGCCCUGGGAGCAGCAGCUGGAAUCAUUCUCCUCGUAUUUGCUUUCCUUCUAGAUGGAGAAUUCAUCUGUGGCUAUUCUCCAGAUGGUAUUCAGUGUGGUGCUAUUACCACUCUAUUUGUUGGGAUUUUGAUUAUGUUGAUGAUCUUCAGCAUUGCUGAACUGUUCAUUUCCCUCUUUUCCUCGAUUUUGGGGUGCUACUCAGAAGAAUGUGGGGGAUGCUGUUGAAUAGCACUGUACAAGUAAAACUGCAAAAUGAUACAACUCAGAGGCCAGUCUUGCUUGUGAGAAAGAGUCAACACAUGUACACACUUAAAGUUCACAAUUACUUGAAGCAAAAUGGGUUGGGAGUCACUCAUAGGAGACCAUUUCGGCUGGUGAAACCCACUCUGCUACCUGAUAAUGGCAUUUCCUCUUUCGAUAGAAUGAUUACCUGGGUGUAUUGGCAUGGCCACUUUAUAGGCAAAGAUAUGAACUGAAGCUCAGACUCAGGGGUGACCAAGUCAUUUGUCUUUGCUACUUGUGACAAUCUCUCAAUGACUCCCCUAAGAGACUCCACACAAGGGCUCCUGCUCCAUGAAGCAGGACGAUGAAUUGGAAAGAAGAACGGGUUGGUCAGCAAAUUGUGCCUUGAAGUCACAAGAUCAUCAAAUGUUUCAAGUCAGACAUCUACAAAAGUACUGGUUAGGUUUUUUUUUAACUUGAUACUAACUAGAGUUACCUGGGAAGAGGAAAUGCCCAUAUAAAAUGACCUGUGAUCA